AUGACACCCGACAACCGCGUAUGGCCCUUGGAUGCGAAAAUGUUUCUUUCUGGAUAUGGAGGCGCUGGUCCGUUGAGCUAUCCGGUCGUAUUCGGGACAAGUGGAGUAGGAACUAUCGAGGAGCUGGAUGAAGGCGUAACAGGACUUGAGGUUGGUUACCGUGCGACACAACGGCGCGAGGGAACGUGGCAGCCGCUUGUCAUCUGCAAUGCUAAAAUAUUAGCCAGGAUAGGAGACCUUUCAUUUGAACAGGCUGUCUUGAUCGAUUACCCUCUGCAAACUGCUGUUGUAGUCUUCAAUCUUUUCCUAAGAACGGGAGAACCAAAUACUGGGAAAGGAGCAGUGGGAAGUUAUGCGGUGCAAUAUGCGAAAAAUACUAACAUAUGCCAGGUUGGGCAUACAGUAAUUGCCACGGCUUCUUCAAGAGAUGUAGAACGCCAGAAAGGGCUUGGUGCUUCUGAGGUGAUCGAUUAUAAAGCUCCAAAUGUUGUGGAUCAUCUUCGUUCACUUGGAUCUUACAAAUACCUGUUUACUGCUAGCGGUGAUUCCACAUCGCAGAAAGCGCUGACCUCUCUAUUGCAGGCACAAGGUGGUGGGCAAUUGGAUCACAAUGUUAAUCGGGUUUACCAGGCUUUUAGCCAAGCGGUUCAGAGGGAUCAGUACAGCGAGUCUCGCGCCUGGUGGUGCAAGGACUAUCUACUAAAGGUAUUGAGAGGGAACUUGGUUGAGCCGGUUAAAUUCACAAAACCAGGCAGAGGACUCACUGCCUUACAUCAAGCAAGCACUGAGGUUUUCGAAGGGAAAAUCAGCGGCAGAGUCGUUGUAAACCCUCAAGAGUAG